AUGUCUUGCAGUGAAUUCGAUGCGGCCUCCAACUUUCUCGCCGUAAGAAUCCCAAAGCUGAGCGUGCUCUACAACGGAAAGAGCAACUAUUUCGUGAUGAAGUCCAUUCUGGUGAUUGUUUUUCAAAUCGUAUCCAACUACGAUAACGAGGAGCAGCGUCAAAAGGCUUUGGAAAUCUUAACAAACACCUUCGAAGACAGCGCCGAUCAACUAAAAGAAAUUUUAGCAUGGAAUGUUGAUUCGUUAAGCACCCCCUUUUCCGCAGUCAUAUGGCAGAAGCGAAACGUGCGCUUUACAACCUCGGAAUUCGACUCUGCGCCUCUGGAUUGGGAGGUAGCGAACGAAAACAUUCUGUCGUACCAGAUCAUUGACGAUCCUAACGAUCCUAGGGUGCGAGUGUCGUACACCGAUGUUACCACGGCUACCACGGACAGCGCAGAGGAAAUAACGAUCUUCCACGCGACGAGUAUGGAGUAUCUGCAGUCUUUAAAACAAUUUUUAGCUCCCUUGAUUGGGAACAAAGAGAUUUUGGCUUCGGGUAUCGAUCAUGAACGUUCGCCUCCGUCACCUGUUGCGAUGGUUCCCAGUGUGGUUAUAGAAGAGGUUUUGAUUACGGACGUUGAUCAGGAGGAAUGUUCGCAAGCGUCCAUUGCAUCUGAGCUGUAUCCCAGCGAAUCGGAAAUUUUUGCCGAAAAGAUUAAUGACUAUAAUGAUCAGGUCUCCGGAAGCUUAGUACCUUCACCUCGCUCUGCUGAUGCACGAGAGUGUUACGAAGAGAGUGAAAGUAACGGAGACCAUACCUAUAUGAGCAGCGAAGCCAACACGCCGAUGCAGCACGAGCCAAGAAGUAUCCCUGAAAGUCCAACGGCACCUGAUCCAUACAAUAUCGAGCUCGCUCGUGAGCAGAGUGUCAGCAAAUUCAAAAAAACAAACUGGCGUGCGCGGCUGCGGGGAAAGCUGAAAGAUCAGGCACAAUCGAGCAGGGCCACCCACAUGGACUCCGUCGAUCUCGCAACCGGGUUCACUUUACUGCAAUCGUCGACCCCGAUUCGACGUUCGAAACGGUUGACGUACCAGCCUAAUUUCGGUUGUGACGCUGACGAAAACGCACCCGACUCGGAUGACAAUGAGGAAGGUGUCGGAGGUGACGUAAGUUACAAACCGUGGAAUGAUCGCACACAACCGCGAUCACAAAUUCGCGUCAAAUAUGUGGCGGAAACAUUGACGACAACCGGCGUUCAGGGUAAGUUUAAAAGUGCAGCGAAGGCACGCGUGUUGGCAUUCUCCGGUUCGAUGAUAAGAACGAACACACAAGAUGCAGUGGCCGGAGAAGCAGGCAUGUCGAAAGACUGGGAGGCGAUCAAUGAAGCAGUGCAGCGACAGCUAUGUGCACUGGACUCACCGUGUACGUCGGCAGAACUGGAAGAAAGAAGGCGCCCGCUGUACGAAACCGAAAACGACAACACAGAAAGUACAGUAGGAUCGCCACCCAAGAAACGUGCUGCCUUGAGCGACGUUACAAACACGGGCGGGCCACGAUUAGCGUUGAUCAGACAAGAAUUCGAAAAUCCUGAGCAACUGGUGCAACACGUAGUGAACACCGUGGCCAAGCCGAUGGUUUCCGAGUUGAAUAAAACACUCGAAAAAAACCGCCAGGAAACGGAGGCUGUGGCCGUUCAAAUUGUGGAAUCGGCCGAGGCGGAUUAUAGAGUUAUCAUGCAAAAGCAUGAAAAGUACAGCAAACUGAUGGGUGAGGCCACGAACACAUUGGCCGAAAUGAGCCAAUUGGCUUUGGAGUAUAGACGAAAGCAUGUGCUGAACUCCAACAUCGAUAGCUUAAUCGAACAGACCGCCGAAAGGGAUAAACAAUUCGCCGACACUGUGCGGGCCAAGCGUGAAGAACUGGAGAAAAUCCAAAACACUGCCUUCACUUUCGGCUGGAGGUUGCAUCGGCAAAUUUACUUGGAGGAAUUGGCAAAAUUCGUUUCCGAAUUUGACUAA